GCGCGCGCGCGCGCACCAUUGUGUGGCUGACUCGGCCGCAGCUGCGGUGUGAGGCGCGUGUUCGGGCCUUCGCCGUCCCCGCACCCGCACCGCAGCCCUGCCCCCCCGGUAGCCCGCCGCACCUCCGCUAGCCUCCGGGAGACCACCCGCCACGGCCAUGCCGCGCGUCUACAUAGGGCGCCUGAGCUACAACGUCCGCGAGAAGGACAUCCAGCGCUUUUUCAGCGGCUACGGCCGCCUCCUCGAAAUCGACCUCAAAAAUGGGUAUGGUUUCAUGGAGUUCGAGGACUCCCGUGACGGGGACGAGGCCGUUUAUGAGCUGAACAGCAAGGAGCUGUGCGGCGAGCGCGUGAUCGUAGAGCACGCCCGGGGCCCGCGGCGCGACCGCGAUGGCUACAGCUACGGAAGCCGCAGUGGUGGAGGUGGAUCCAGCAGUCGGAGAACUUCUGGCAGAGACAAAUACGGACCACCUGUUCGUACAGAAUACAGGCUUAUUGUAGAAAAUCUGUCUAGUCGUUGCAGUUGGCAAGACUUAAAGGAUUUCAUGCGGCAAGCAGGAGAGGUGACUUACGCAGAUGCUCACAAAGAACGCACAGAUGAGGGUGGCAUUGAAUUUAGAGCCUACUCUGACAUGAAGCGUGCUUUGGAUAAACUGGAUGGCACAGAAAUAAAUAGCAGAAAUAUCAGGCUUAUUGAAGAUAAGCCACAAACAAGCCAUAGGCGCUCUUACUCUGGAAGCAGAUCCAGAUCACGGUCUAGAAGAAGAACACGGAGUAGGAGUUGCAGGAGCGGCCGCGGUAGAUCUCGGAGUAUCUCAAAAAGUCGCUCCCGAUCUAGAUCACGGAGCAAAGGCCAAUACCAAUCCUGCUCGAAAGGCAAGAAAUCCAGAUGAAAGAGCAAAUCUAGGCCCAAGUCUGAUCGGGGUUGCCAUUCAGACUCAAGAAGCAGAUCUAAGGAUGCAUAUGGGAAGUCCCGAGGUAGGUCACGCUCUGGGUCCGCUAAAGAAAACGGAAAAGGAGAUAUAAAGUCAAAACCCAGAUCUGGGAGCCAGUCUCCAUCCCAUCCGCCUCUGCCUGCUCCACCCGCAAAGGCCCGUUCUGUGUCCCCUCCACCAAAAAGAGCCUCACGGUCCCGCUCUAGAUCUCGCUCAAGGUCCAGAUCAAGUUCCAGAGAUUAACCCUGAACUCUACGUUCUUUGCACACUAUAACGGAACACUUUCCUACUUGCUUAGGCAGUUACUCUUCCAAGUUUGUACUUGGCCUCUUCCUCAAGAGGAUUUCCUGAAAGGGGAACACAGGAAUUUGAUUUGUGGCCAAAUUUAAUGAAAAAAAAGAUGAGGUUCUAAAAUGGCGGUAUGAAGCCCUCUCCCUUCUUUGUAGAAUUAAGAUAAUUUUGAUUUUAUAGCCUUUGAGCUAAAAUAACUUUUGUAAAGAUUAAGCUCAUUUAGAUUUUUUUUU